AUGCCACGUUUCUAUGGCCAUAAGAUAGAAUGUACCUAUGAGUUUCUACACGAGUUUUGCAAGCCCUGCAGCAUUCAGAAGAGGCCACCUAAUUCGACCGAGAAGGAUUAUAGGUUACGUGCUCUACCUUUCGCACUGAAGGGGGUGGCGAACACAUGGUUACUGAGGUUGCCGGAAAAUUCUAUAAGCUCGUGGGCGGAUUUCAGGCUAUUGUUCUUAGAUUACUUCUUUCCAUCGAACAAGACGUAUGCAAUCAAGAAGGAGAUUCUGGAAUUCCGACAAGAUUAUGAUGAGGCGUUGAGUCAGUAUUGGUCGCGUUUCAAGGGAUUGCUCGAUUCAUGCCCCAACAACCGAAUGUGCGAAGCAGAGGUAUACAACAUCUUCUAUGAAGGGGCGAAUCCAGAAUCCAAGGAUUUACUAAACUCUUACCAAGAAACGAAUAAGCUGGAGAAAGCAAUUCCGAUUGCCUUAGGGAAGAACAAUUCCCCAGAACCAGGAGAGAAGGUUAAACAACUGCCAGGUCCAGAGGAAGUGUACCAAUGCUAUUGUCAGCAGAACGAGGGCGAUGGCCAAGCUUAA